GUGAGCAAAAGAGGUGCAAAGGUACAUGAGAUCUACCCCCUUGAGUCAACUCGACUAGAUAUGUAACUAGGUCUCAGAAAAGAAAAACGGCUUUGGAAUGAUCAUCUGGCUGUCUGCCUUGCCAGGCUGGUCGAACAACGCUACCAACGCGCAUCGGUCCAUACCCGCACCUCACGAGGCGGAGUUUCCACAUGGUCCAAUCCCAACCAGCCUCUAUACCCCAGGCCAAGAUACGAACGGUCAAGUGCAGGAGACUUGGAGCUGGACCCUUGGUGUAUCCCUCCUUUGAGCCUCAUUGGCGUUGUUGGACGCCAUGGUCUAUUGGCUCACCCGCAGGGCGCGUUCUGUUCGGUAACUUUUCAUCUCAGCCCGAGCUGGGAUUGCCUGGCUGGCUGUUUCUGUCUCCCUUUUCUCCCGCAUCCUUCUCUGGAGCCCUCGUCUCUCUUCUUAUCCCUCCCUUCUCCCCCCUUUUUCUCGCACUUUUUCCUCCACAUCGUAUUAUUCUGUAAACACAUACGAAACAGAUUGUUACAGCUUCAACAUGGGGAGAUUCAUUCAACUCGGAGCUCUUGCUUGCUUGUACCUGGGCGUGGAGUCCAAGGCGCUGAGAUGGCAGGACGAUACCCCGAGCUGGUCUCCACCCAGGCAGACCAUUGCUGCGAUGAAUAUGGAGGAGCUCGGCUUCAGUCCGAAGCCCACUGCGGCGCCUGAGCCCGGCAAUGUCGACCUGAAGCUGGCCAAGCGUGUAAGAGGCGACGAUACCUGUGGUUACAUCUCUGGAGAAGCUACCAACUCCAUCUACUGCGGUACUGGAUCCUGUGUCAUCAACAGCUUCUAUUCCGUUGUCGGUUGCUGUAGCUCUUCCUCAGUCACAGACUGCACCACAAUUGCUACGAGCUGUCUCCCAUCAAGGUCGGCUAGUCGCGCCAGCAGUGGUGAUACUCGUAUGCAGCUCUGCACUGCCUCGGAAAGACCCGAGUGUGCCACUUACAUCUACUCGGGCUCGUUGUUCAACCGUUAUACCCUUUAUGCGUGCGCUGCCACCGAGGAAGUGAUUGUCGUCUACGCAAACCCUACAGAUUCUUCCGUCACCCAAGAGUCGACGACAGCGCCGGCAACAACCUCACUCCGCAACAUCGCAUCAACCACUGCUACGUCUGCAGCUACUACUAGCACGUCUAGCGGUGGUGGUGGCGGCGGCGGUUCGUCCACUCCCGUUGGCGCUAUCGUGGGCGGCGUCGUCGGAGGUGUAGCGGCCAUCGCACUCAUCGUCUUCGGCAUCAUCUUCCUCCUCCGCAAGAAGAAGAAGGACACCAACAACGUCAACAACAAUAACCAGGCCGCCCACCAGUCUUAUGUCGGACCCCCGCCGCCCAACCAGGGACAGCCGCAGAUGUACCAGCAGCCUGGUCCCCCGGCGCAGCAGCCGUCGCCCCAAGGAUACCCUCCCCAGCAACAGCAGGGACACUACCCGCAGGGCUUCACACCCGUGGACAACAACAAUAACAGACAGAGCAUGAUGAAGCAGCACUACGACGUCACCACGGGAUCCUACGACCAGAGCAACAACGGCGUCAGUCCGCCCGCCAGCCCGCCGCCCAUGAGCCCCUCGCCCACAUACCAGUCCGGUGUGCCGCAGUACGUGCCGUCUCAGAACAGCGUCAGCCCGACGCAGGGAACGUAUCCUCCCCAGCAGCAGCCGCUGCAACAGCAAGGGGGCUACUACAACGCACCACCUCCAGCUCAAGGACAGCCGCCUGCACCACAGCAGCAUCAGCAUCAGCAGCCGGGUUUCGCGUCUGAGUUGCCUGCUCACAGGGGCGACAAUGAGCUGCGUGAGUUGGCUUGAAUGGCUGCCAGUGUGGACAUGGGCGGGCAAAUGUGGAAAAGCGCAGUUGAUGGUUUGGUUUAAUGACGGAUUUAAUUCUCAAGUAUGAAUGCGGGGUGCUGGAAUGGAUACGAAGCUCACGCUCUCAAAUGCUGUUGUGAACGUGGAGUCAGCAGUGGUGUUGGACAGGAUUCUUUGGAGGGAGGGGCAACUAUCGUUAUGUGUAUAUGUAAUACCCAAAGUCUUUUACAUGGCCCCAAUGGGCGUAUGAAACCCUCUCUAAUGCAAUUGAGAAUAUAUAUAAG